CCAGUCGGGUGUCUGACACAGGAGCAAAACUUCCUGGAGCAAUGAUGAUGAUAGAUCUUAAGGUGGCUGAGUAUUUGGACCCUCAAAUCAGGGAUCUGUGGGAGACCACAGGGCCUGUGAGAGAGAGCUCCAGUCAGAGUAAAAAAUCUCCACAAACAGAUAGUCUUGAUUCCAAGAGUUGUUGCUGGCACUUCCGGAACUUCCACUAUCAUGAAGCAGCUGGACCUCGUGAGGCUGUCAACCAACUUCAAGAAUUAUGUUAUCUGUGGCUGAGGCCAGAGAUUCGUUCAAAAGAGCAGAUAUUGGAACUUCUGGUGCUAGAGCAAUUCCUGACUAUUCUGCCUGGGGAGACACAGACCUGGAUACAGAAGCACCAUCCACAGAGCAUUGAGGAGGCUGUGGCCCUGGUAGAACACUUGCAGAGGGAAUCUGGUCAAAUGUGGAAUGGGGUUACAGUCCAUGACCUGGGAAAGGAGGGAAUGCUCUUGGGAGAAACAGCAGAGGCCCCAGGCUUUAGGCUGAAGCCAGCAGAGUCCCAACCAGUAGAUGUGUCCCAAGAUGAAGAAUUUUGGAAUGCAUACCAGGGUCUACAAGAACAGCUGAGCAGGAAUACUCAUAAAGAAACUGAACCUGUACAUGAGAGGGCUGUACCUGCUCAACAGAUUCUAACCUUUCCUGAGCAGACAAACACCAAAGACUGGACAGUGGCACCUGAAAUCAUCUUGCCCGAGUCCCAGAGCUUAUUGACAUUUGAAGAAGUGGCUAUGUAUUUCUCCCAGGAAGAGUGGGAGUUAUUGGAUCCCACUCAGAAGGCCCUCUACAAUGAUGUAAUGCAGGAAAACUAUGAGACUGUCAUCUCUCUAGCGUUAUUUUUGCUCCCCAAACCUAAAGUGAUCUCCUGUCUAGAGCAAGGGGAAGAGCCAUGGGUUCAAGUAUCCUUGGAGUUCAAGGACAGUGCCAAAGAGUCUCCUGCAGAGUUAAAGCUCAAAAAUGAUGCUGAAAAUCAUCAGCCUGUAUCUCUUUCUGAUUUAGAAAUACAGUUGCCAGGAGACAUGGCAUCAAAAAAGGCCAAAGUGAAAGUUCCCCAGAAAACAGCAGGCAAAGAAAAUCAUAAUGAUAUGAACAGAGUGGGGAAAUGGCAUCGAGAUUUUCCAGUGAAGAAGAAAAAGAAACUUUCAACGUGGAAACAAGAGCUGCUGAAACUUAUGGAUCUUCAUAAGAAAGACUGUGCAAGAGAGAAGCCUUUUAAAUGUCAGGAAUGUGGGAAAACCUUCAGAGUUAGCUCUGACCUUAUUAAGCACCAAAGAAUUCACACCGAAGAGAAACCUUACAAAUGUCAACAGUGUGAUAAGCGGUUUAGAUGGAGUUCAGAUCUUAAUAAGCACUUAACAACACACCAAGGAAUAAAACCAUAUAAAUGUUCAUGGUGUGGGAAAAGCUUCAGUCAAAAUACAAAUCUACAUACACACCAAAGAACUCACACAGGAGAGAAGCCCUUUACAUGUCAUGAGUGUGGAAAAAAAUUCAGUCAGAACUCCCACCUUAUUAAGCACCGGAGAACCCACACAGGUGAGCAGCCAUAUACCUGUAGCAUAUGCAAGAGAAACUUCAGCAGGCGGUCAAGUCUUCUUAGACAUCAAAAACUCCACCUGUGACAGGAUGCUUGUCUGGUGUCCUUCUGAAGAAAUUCACCAAAUGGAGCUUGACACUAAAGUUUAUGAAAAAAUACAAAAUCAUGAAGCAUGAAGAAUUUUUCAUUAUUGGAAUAUUUGGGGGAAUAGACAUGUUUCACAGAAAGGGACCAGGACUAACUCUGCAGGAGAUAUCUUAUUAGUUGUGCUACUUACUGUUUUUAUCUUUGAUUGUCAGGGAAUUCCUUAACCACAGAGGUUCUAAGACUAUUCUGAAUAAGGCCAACGCCAUUUUGGGAUUGUACCUAGAAAAAUAGAAAAGUCAGCUUCAAAGCAGCCAGUCAGUAAUCUUCUGUGGUCACAGAAGUAAAUAUUGUUGGUUUUGCCUUGAUCUCUCCAGUCACUUGUAGAAACAUUUGUAGCACGAGGGUCUUCCAAGACAAAAAAUAAUGUGCAUGCCAUUCUCUUCAGGAUAGCAGGCUUACCAAUUUUAAUAGUCUCGUGGGGGCAGAAAUGAAUUCUAAUGUAAAGUGUUCCAAGAACCAAAUUGGAUAUACCUCCCUCUUUUUUGGACUUUGGACACUGUUCACAAAGUUGGACAUUAUUUGAGUUCCUUUUUGAACUUUUUGGCGACUUCUGCUCUUGAAUCCUGUUAUCAGAAUUUUUACUGUGAUGAAAUCAUAUUUAGUUUACCACUAGGCAAUCUGCCAGAUGAACUAAUAAUGCACUAUUUUUUGCCUCUCAUUGGUGAUGUUUGGAAAAUGGAAAGCAUCUCUAAUGAGAUCAUAUGGAAACGGGUUGGAAUUUGUAGCCAUGGAAAAUACUGGGGAUGCCAAAAAAAAAGUAUACACAUUUUAAAUAAUAUUAUCUAUGUAUUGCUUUUAGUUUGCCAUAAUUAGAAGUGUCCGGAUACUGGUGGUAACCACUUUGAGCAACUCUUGUUAUUGCAGAAGUCAAAUGUGACUUUUUUUUGGUCAAUACU